AUGGCGGCUCCCAGUGGCGAGCAACGCGGAGCAGGGCCAGAGUGGGGGGCCGGGGACUUCGGGGAUGUGGGGGGUGAGGGGAGCACGGGGGGCAAGGGUGGCGCGGGGGGUAAGGGAGGCACGGGGGACGCGGGGAGCACAGAGGAUGCGGGGGGCAAUGGGGGCGCAGGGGACCCGGGUGGCACGGGGGACGCGGGGGAGCCGGGCCUGAGGUCCCGACCUGCGGCGUUGGGAGUCUUGGGGCCGCAGGGUGAGGCGUCAACGGAGGGCAAGAUCCGCCGCCUCAGAGACUCGCUUCGCAGGGACAACUGGAAGGAGAAUGAGAGCGCAAAGUGCGAGUUCGUCAGGCUCCUGCUGCAGGUGGUGAGGCCACACGUGGGCGCGACGCUCGUGAGGGAGGCGCUGCUGCCCCCCACGCUGCUCUUCUCCGACGACUUCGAGCUGGAGAACCAGCUGCUGGGCGUGCGCUGCCUGCACCACAUCGUUCUGAAUACGCCGGCAGCAGAAUUGAGAUGCCACAAUCAAGCCCAGGUGAUCUACCAUGCGCUGCACCGUCACCUCUACUCCAGGGAACACGAGCUUGUGCAGGCUGUGCACAGGUGUUUGCUGAUUCUGCUGCCGGUGCUGGAAGGACCGUACCUGGCCAAUGCUAGCCCUGGUAAAGCCAAUCCCAUGGCACUCACCAGCAAGGUGCUGCUGCUCACUCUCUCCCACAUGGAGAUGGAGGACAGACUGUCCCUCCGGCGUGUUUAUGCUGAAGUGCUUCCUGCCUACAUUGACAGGUUGGGCAUUCUCAUUGUGCGACACAUGAAGCAGCUGCUGGGUGUUGUGGGCGCCUUCCUGGAAGUGAGCGACGGCCCUAAGGAGGAGGCCCGAGCCUACAUCCUCCUUGCCCUCAAGAGCCUCAUCAGCUGCGCGUGGCCCCGGAUGGCGGCGCGAUGCGGUUUCCUGGUGAAGCUGCUGCUGCGGUUUGCGUACGACAUCUCGGCCGAACGGACGACGGUACACGGCAGCGUGCAGCACGCGCUGCUCACUCACGCGGCCGAUUGCCUCGUCUCACUCGACCGCUGUUGUGGUGGACAGGUGCAGGCUUUGCUGAGGGACGUAAAGAAGGCUUCUGACAACCCAGGUGUCCUGUAUUGCGUUACAACGGUGUUUAGCGAGUGAACGUGUCCAGAGUGCUGCUGUUAUUACAAGGUUAUACCGACAGUGAUAUUAAUAUAUCAGUAGCCUUCAGGCACUAUUGGCAAACGAAGCAGUGAAAAUGUGUGAUCGUACUCUAUUGAAGCGAACGCAGAGAUGACAAGGCUGAUACCUUCCAUAUCACCAUGGAGCCAAGCUAUAUUUUAUUGUGUUUCUCCUAAUAAUAAUGUCAAAUUGCUAUCCGGAUGUUUUCUAGUUUUGUGCUAAAUUAGCAUUACAAUAAACAUAUUUUGUAAAAAGUUAAUGAUUAUAUGCAUCCCUUUUUAUAUCACAUUUGUUUUUACAAAAUUAAGUGAGACAAUCUCCUAGCAGUGCAUGGCUUGCCAUUUAACACUGGUGUUUUUUUAAUUACUGCCGAGUAUUGGGAAUCCAUUUGAUAAACUUGCCUUGCAUGUAUAUAGGGUAAACUCCUGAAUAGCAACAGAUCUAUAUACAGUCUGUUCGAUAACUCGUGUCUCGGCCUCACUGUGCGCUGCGUUGCACCACUAUCCGAGUAGGUAACCUCGCAUUCAAUAAACCUUCAAAGCCAGGGUGAA